AUGCCCUUGUCGCAAAAAAAAAUGCCAUACGAGCUCAAGACAGUUCUCGACCAAGCAGUACUAAUUGUAAACUACGUUAAAUCACGUCCACUCCAGUCGAGGCUUUUUAAAAAAGUGUGUGAGGAUAUAGGAAGUCAGCAUCAAUCACUUCUUCUUCACACGGAAGUAAGAUGGCUUUCAAGAGGAAGAGUUCUAUUAAGGCUGUUUGAAUUGCACGACGAGCUUAAGAUAUUCUUUACCAAACAACCAGUUUCUGCACACGUUAAUAAGCUUGUUGAACUGCUGCAUGAUGAGCAAUGGUUGAUGCAAUUGGCUUAUUUAGCUGAUAUAUUCGAUAAGCUCAACGUAAUCUGCAAGGCAUUACAGGGACGAGCUACAACAAAAUUUACAGUAAAUGAUAAAAUGUCUUCACUGAAAAACAAGCUUGCGUUCUGGAUUGAAUGUGUUGAAAAACAUAAUUACGAAUGUUUCACAAUAUUAAAUGACUUUCUAAAAGAAAAUGAGCUGCGGGUAUCUUCAGACGUGGAAAAGAAUAUACAUGAGCAUUUGACAAGCCUUACAAAAUCUUUGCAUGAGUAUUUUCCGGAGCAGUUGCAGGACAUGGACUGGGUGCAGAAUCCGUUUCUAAAUCACACCAAACCUUCGAUGCUGUCGGUGUCAGAGUAUGAGAAUUUGAUUGACAUCAAAUUUUCAUCAACGCUAAAACAAAAGUAUGAAGAAAGAACUUUUGAUUUAAACGCCUUUUGGAUUGGACUCAAAGAUGAAUACCCAGAAAUUGUUAAUAGAGCCAUCACAUUACUGUUACCGUUUGUGACGACUUACCGAUGCGAGACUGGUUUUUCCGCAUAUGCUUACACCAAAAGCAAGUACAGAAAUAGACUGGAUGCAGCUCCAGAUCUUCGCGUUCAACUGUCGGACAUUAAGCCUAAUUUUAAUGCUAUUUUAAGAAAAUAUGUAAAAAAAUUUCAUUCGUCACAUUAA